CGACUGUCCAGGAAUUGACUUUCAAAAGAUUCAUAUAUCAUUGCUUCUGACAGCUUCUGACAAUUUUACUCGAACAAUACUUUCCAAGCCAAUGAAGUGUCGCUAACUCCUGUUUAAUCUGGCCAUGACGUCUAUCAGUUGGUUUAAUGGGGCAUGGGGCGAACCUUCCCAACAGACUCUAUAUGAACUUGUGAGCUCGUACUUGAAGCUUAGUGACCUCUCCACUGCAGUUACCGAAACUUUCUAUCUGGCCAACGUUCUUAUUUUGUCAAAUCAUAUUGACAAAGCCCAAGAGCUUAUCAACGCCUUGUACAAGCACAGAAAUGAGAUCGCGCCCGCGACUUCAGCGUCCGCCAACGGCUCAACUCCAGUACUGGAGUAUUUCUGGCAGACGCAUAAAGAUAAGCUCAGUCGUCCCAUAGGCGAAGAGCAAUAUGAGUCUGUACUAAAGUUUAACUCGCUCACAUUGGACGGAUAUCUCGCAAGGGAGCAGUGGGGUCAGUAUCGAGAAUGCUGCCGCGCAGACUGGAUGCCCAAACACUUGUCCAUCGCUGAGCCUGAGGAUCCGCACAUCUGGCGCGAGACUGAUAAUCCUGCCAUAUUGGCGAUGUGCUCCCGGCUUCUGGCUAAAGAGGGGAGUCAAGGGAUGUUCCCUCCGCAUGAGAGAAUGCGGGAGGCCCUUGCUGCCGCAAUGAAGCUCUAUGCGCAACCUCAAGCUCCCAUUGAGGAGGGUGUCGAUUACAUGUCUACCCAAGCAUGGGAGUCGAGGCACUCAUUCCUGUUAUAUCGGCGAUUAGCCAUAGAGCUGGCAAUCCGAGUGGGAGAAUUGGAUACGGCUAGUGAGAUCCUGAGCAUGGCGCUGAGGUUGGAUGGGUUCGGCCGUUCGAGUGGCGCCAGUUUACAGGAUUUCCUGUUCGUGCCUGGGAUUUACGAUGUCCUACCCUUGCUUGCUAAAGGCGGGAAGGAAAGCAACCCGUUUUUUAUUGAGGAGCAAGAUGCAGACACACUAGUGAAGGAUAUCAUCAGUGCGGUGGACUUACGAGUGACGAAGGGGCAGCAGUUGCCACUCACGCCGAGAGAAGCCGGUUGGGAGGAACUAUUGGAUAGGCUUGCCGAGGGCGCCUGGAGAGUCAACACCAGGGAAUAUAAGGGCAUGGGUCUUGAUUAUCCCGAAGAAAUUUUGUUUCCGCCUGCGACAGAGGCGGAGAUCGAGGCCGUGGAGAAAGAUCAUGGGGAGCUCCCAGCCGACUUUAAGGACAUGGUCAGGAUUGCGAAUGGCUACCGUGGAGGUUGGCAUUUCCUUGACGGAGGCAUGACUGGCAUUCAGGACAUUGCCCCAUCCGAUUUCCCUUUGGAACAUGUUGAAGAUCAUUUUAUAGCAGGGGAUUGAAGGAAAUCGAUGGCGACUAUUCUGGGUAUGUCCUUCAGAUUGAACCAGCUUCCGAGUGCGACGGAUUUCUUCAUUUUAUCAUCCCUCCGGUGAUGUGGAAGGCAAAUGGGGAAGAGUCGGUCAAAGACGGGGAAUAUCAGUACGGGCGUUAUGCUAGUUGGAGCGGUCUUACAAGUUGGAACUCAGUUAGGGACUCGAUAGUAGAAAAGGUCGAAUAUAUCGAGCAGAUGAUAAAGGACGGUGAAAGGGCGGACGAUGACUACGAGUCAGAUGGCUGAGAGGAAUAAAUCCCGGUGUUUAGGAGGAUGGGAAUAUCGGAGAUGAGAUCGAAGACUUGCAAAAAAAAAAAAAAAAUCCAGCAGAGGAUUGAUCACCAUAUGACUCGUUAUCCUGCAAGUGAUUAGUUUGAAAGUGCAGGAUCAUAACGAAACUUUCAUGAUUAGCAAGGACUUGGCAAAUAAUACAUAUCAAGGGAUGUUGUACUCAGUAGAACCCCAUAUCAUUGAUGUCAGUUCCGUAUUGGGAUUAGUCCGAUUUGAAGUAGUCUGAUCACGUGUGACGUAUAGAAACUGG